AUGUGUGGUAUUUUGGGAAUAGUAUUGGCCAACCAGGCCAUCAAUGUUGCACCUGAGUUAUUUGAAGGUGCGAUGUUUUUACAGCACAGGGGCCAGGAUGCUGCAGGUAUAGUCACAUGUGGUAAGCAAGGCCGUCUUUACCAAUGCAAAGGUAAUGGUAUGGCGCGCGAUGUGUUCACUCAGCAAAGAAUGCAGAAUCUUGUUGGUAAUAUGGGUAUUUGCCAUUUGCGUUACCCUACUGCUGGUUCUAGUGCUGGUUCUGAAGCACAGCCCUUUUACGUUAAUUCGCCAUAUGGUAUUUCAAUGAGUCAUAAUGGUAACUUGGUCAACUCGAUCGAAUUGAGACAAUAUUUGGACGAAGUGGUGCAUCGUCAUAUCAACACCGAUUCAGAUUCAGAGCUAUUGUUGAAUGUCUUUGCAGCCGAGUUGGAUAAGUUCAACAAGAGUAGAGUUAAUAAUGGUGAUUUGUUCACUGCUUUGACCAAAACGAUGGAGAGAAUCAGAGGUGCUUAUGCUUGUAUCACGAUGUUGGCUGGGUAUGGUAUAAUUGGUUUCAGAGAUCCCAAUGGUAUUAGACCUUUGCAAAUUGGUGAGCGUGUUGUUGAGAGUGCAAAUGGUGAGAAAUCAGUUGAUUACAUGUUGGCCUCAGAGAGUGUGGUGUUAAAAGCGCACGGUUUCAAAAAAUUCCGUGACUUGAACCCAGGUGAAGCUGUGAUUAUCCAAAAGACUGGUGUUCCAGAGUUUAAGCAAGUUGUUGAGCCGAAAUUGUUUGCUCCAGAUAUUUUUGAGUAUGUGUAUUUUGCCAGACCAGACUCUGUGUUGGAUGGUAAAUCAGUUUAUAGAUCCAGAAUUGAGAUGGGUAUCAAAUUGGCUGAAAAGAUUCAGAGGGUGUUACCUAGUGAUGAGACUAUUGAUGCAGUGAUUCCUGUUCCUGAUACUGCAAGGACCAGUGCAUUCCAAUGUGCCGUGUCUUUGGGAGUUCCAUAUAGAGAAGGUUUUGUUAAGAAUAGGUAUAUCGGAAGAACGUUUAUCAUGCCCAACCAACAGGAGAGAAGAUCUUCAGUGCGCAGAAAGUUGAAUGCCAUGGAUUCAGAGUUUGAGGGCAGAAAUGUUUUGUUGGUUGAUGACUCCAUUGUGAGGGGUACUACAUCGAAGGAAAUUGUCCAGAUGGCUAGAGAGGCUGGUGCCAAAAAGGUAUUUUUUGCAUCGUGUUCUCCACCAAUUAGGUUUAACCAUAUUUAUGGUAUUGAUUUGGCAGACACAAAGGCUUUGGUUGGUUUUAACCGUGAUGAAGAGGAGAUUUCCAAGGUUAUUGGUGCCGAUAAGGUGAUUUAUCAAGAUUUGCAAGACCUCGUUGAGUGUUGUAAAACGUCUGAGGUGCAAAAAUUUGAAGUUGGUGUUUUCACUGGUAAUUACAUUACUGGUGUCGAGGACAAUUAUAUACAGGAACUAGAAAAGAUUAGGGCGCAGAACCAGCGUAUAGAAGCGGCCAAGAAUGGUGGUCCAGUUGAUGGGUUUAGUGUUGAUGCGUGUAUUGACCAAGGAGAUAUGAUUGAUGUCAAGGCAGAAGUUGAUAUUAGUAUAUACAACAAUGGUGAUCACUAG